AUGGCUAUCCCUUCCAAGUAUUCCUCCGUAGGGCUUCUGACAGCCGACAGGAGGAAAGUUUUGGCUAGUGGAGCUACAACAAAAAAGCCCAAACCAGUUGAGUACAUCUAUAGACGCAUCAAUGAUAAAGUAAACAAUGCAAAGGAAAGAAUGAAGGAAGAGAUUGGAAUGAUAUCCAUGGACAGCAAGAAAGAAACCAAUGCCAUCUCCGCCUAUGUUCUGACUUCCCGACUGCAAGGUGCAUUUAAUCCUGACGAUAUGGAUAUGGACGCUUUACAGCUUGUGCAUAGGGAAACUUUCAUAGUGAGCGGGAACAUGUCCUAUUUGAUCGUGGACACCAAUUUUAUCUUGUCCCAUUUGAACGUACUAGACGAAUUGAGAAACCUAGCUGAGGAACACAGGCUUCGUAUGGUUAUUCCAACUACCGUAGUACAGGAAUUGGACGGGUUGAAGAACUCCAAGACCCGGAGAGAGAAGGGUAACUCAGUUUCACUCACUUCAAUCGGUCAAUUGGCCAGAUGGGCCAAUGACUGGAUUUACAAUUGUUUUGCAAAAAAAGACCCCGCUGUGAUCGGUCAGGCACUUGAUCAAAGGAUUAACCGUUUGGCUGUGAAAGACGAUGCGAUUCUAGACUGUGCUCUUUACAUACAGCGGACGAAUCCCAAAACGCUUCAAGUCCUUUUGACGAACGAUAAAAACCUUUGUACAAAGGCACUUCUGAACGAGCUCCUUACCGUAAGCUAUAGAGAUGGUAUGACGGCUGCAAAAAUCGCUCUGAUGAUCUCGCAUGAGAAUUUUCACCGUUUCGGAAGAAUCCAGGAGCAGAAAGUUGUAAGGGAAAGACGCAUAGAAGUACCAGACUACACUACUCAGCGUUAUGAGGAGGUCAUUUACAAUGAGGUCUUGCAAUUGACCAAGUCAAUGAUACAACACUGCAUGAAACUGAGCUAUGGAGAAGAGCUUGAUCUUGUCAGAGGGUACGAUAUCAGCAAAGCGGCAAGCCUUGUAGAUGUUGCCGACAUCAUCUCCAGAUUCUGGCGAACGGUUUUCAAUCAAUAUUUCGGCAGUACGACGUACCGCUCACAGUUCGCUUCGAAGAGCCCUUCACUAGAAUACUGCUACAAGCCAACCGAUAAGGAAACGCUAGACGACUUCAUCACAUUUUGGAGCGGGUUCCUAGAGGCCUUGAUUCAAAAGGAAUGA